GUGGGUGGGGCAUCCGCCUCCCUGACUGAUUCCGGAGUGGAGCAUGCACGUGCUUCCUGGAGAAAACUGGCGUUACGUGCGGUACUAAACCUGUGUAGCUGGAGCAGAGUUUUGAGAAGUCUUGGUGCAGUGCCGAGGUCCUGCAAUCUCAGCUGCCCAGUCACCGACGCGCAACGUCGGGGCAGCUUCCCAGCGCACGGUUGGACGUCCUACUGCAAACUCUUUGUGAAGAUGGAGGAGUCUGAGGCCACUGUACCAACUCUUGGAAGGGAGAAGAGGGCGUGCUCAGAGGAUGAGCCGGCCCACAUUGCCAAAAGACCCCGAGUGCAGGGGAUAGACUCAGAGAACGGGGGUGUGGGUCCUAAGCCUGUGCAGGAGGUAGAGGAUGAACCAGAGCAGGAAGGGAGUGAGGAGGAGGAGGAGGGGGCGGAGCCUGGGGAGACUGAGGAAGAGGGAGAGACCUUCGCAGACAUGAUGAAGCACGGACUGACUGAGCUGGACGUGGGGAUCCUGGAGUUUGUCAGCAAACAUGAGGGCUUUUCUGGGAUUCUGAAGGAGAGGUAUUCUGACUUUGUGGUGAACGAGAUCAACAGGGAGGGGAAGAUUGUGCACCUGGAUGACCUCACAGUUCCUGUGGAACCAGAGGAGACCCCUAGAGGCCAGCCGGAGGAGGAGGUGCAGGUGCAGGUGCUGACAGCAGAGCAGAAGCAGCAGCUGGAGGAACUUCAGCUGCUGAAGAAUAAAGAAGGGAACGUGGCGAUAGAGGUAUUGGAUGACACCAAGGAGAAGCGCACUCUUCUGCAUAAGGCUGUGAAGACCUCAUACCCUGGCCUGGAGACCAAGACGGAGGAGAGAGACGGCCGAAAGUUCAUCAUAGCGUACCACGCUGCAGGGAAGAAGGCUCUCGCAGUGGUCAGAACUGCGGCAGCUCCCAGAAAACACUCCUGGCCGAAAAGUAGAGGCAGCUUCUGCCACUGUGUGCUGUACAAAGAGAAUAAGGACACAAUGGACGCCAUCAACGUGCUCUCCAAGUUCCUCAGAGUGAGACCCAACCUCUUCUCCUACAUGGGGACUAAAGACAAGAGGGCCAUCACAGUGCAGGAGAUAGCUGUGCUCAAGAUCAGCGCCGAGAGGCUGGCUCAUCUCAACAAGUGCCUGAUGAACUUCAGGCUGGGAAACUUCAGCUACAAGAAGCACCCUCUGAAACUGGGGGAACUGCAGGGUAACCAUUUCACUGUGGUCAUCAGGAACAUCUCAGGUACGGAGGAGCAGGUGACUCAGGCCAUGACGUCUCUCAGGGACAUCGGCUUCAUCAACUACUACGGCAUGCAGCGCUUCGGCACCACCGCCGUGCCCACCUACCAGGUCGGCAGGGCCAUCCUGCAGAAUAACUGGGCGGAAGUGAUGGAUCUGAUCCUGAAACCUCGACCCGGAGCGGAGAAGGGCUACCUGGUGCGCUGCCGGGAGGAGUGGGCGGCGUCUCAGGACCCCGAGGCGGCGCUGAAGAAGCUUCCGGUAAAGCGCUGUGUGGAGGGACAGCUGCUGCGCGGCCUGUCCAUGUACGGCAAGAACAACAUCAUCACCGCCUUCGGACUGAUCCCCAGGAACAAUCGGCUGAUGUACAUUCACAGCUACCAGAGCCUGGUGUGGAACACCAUGGUGAGCCGCCGGCUCCAGGCCUUCGGGCUGAAGUCUGUGAAGGGAGACCUGGUGCUCCGGGCAGGCUCGGCGCACGUGCUCACUGAGGAAGAGGCUGAAAGCCAUUCCAUUCACGACGUGGUGAUGCCCCUACCAGGGUUCGAUGUUAUUUACCCCACACACCACGUGGGAGAGGGCUAUAGGGAGAUGCUGAAGGCUGAUAACCUGGACAUCGAUAACAUGAGGCACAAAGUGCGGGAUUACUCCCUGGCCGGCGCCUACCGACGCAUCAUCAUACGACCCAAAGACGUCAGCUGGGAGGUGAUUAACUAUGAUGAUACCCGGAUCUCUCUGGUCCACACUGAUCUGGAGAAGCUUGACAAUAAACCUCCUCCUGUCUUCAAUAAAGAGGGGAAGUACCGGGCUUUGAGGAUGGAGUUCUCCCUGCCCUCCUCCACCUACGCCACCAUGGCCAUCCGUGAAGUGCUGAAGAUGGACACCAGCAUCAAGAACCAGACGCAGCUCAACACCACAUGGCUGAACUGAUACGCACGAACACGCUCACACACACUCACACACGCACGCUCCCACACACUCACACACGCACGCUCCCUCACUCAACACCACGCACGCACGCACGCACGCACACACAUACGCGUGCUGUCUGAUGCACUGCCUGACUGCUGAGCAGACUCAGUAUGCUGUGUCAGCGGUAAUAUUGUUUAAGUGCACAAGGGAAGGCGUUUCCCAACGCAGGCUCUGGAUUCCUGUCCUCUACGGAGGACAACCCAAGGGCUUCAGUCACACCUGCACUAACCUGUAGCACAGUGUCACAGCAACUUAUGUACCAUUCAAGUUUGUUUUUUUUUUUUGUUUUUUUUAUAUAAAAUGAUUUUUUUAUUGUAUGUUUAAGUUUUACUAAUGUAAAUCAUUUGAUAAGUCUGUUAAGAUAUUUUUGAUUUUCUUACAGCAUUUGUGUGGACUCAGGAGUUCUGUAUAAAUGAUUCCUGGUAACGGUGAGGUCUUUUUUAAGGUCUGCGAUGCAGUGGGUUCCUUAUGGCCUCACUUCUAGGAGAAAUUGAGCGAGUUGCAGAAAUGAACAGAACUUCUGAUGCUGGUUUUUAAACGAACAUGCUAUUUAAUGUUGCUUUGUUGCUGUAUGACUUUACCGGGAGAAUUAAAAAUGCCAUGUUGGAAGAUG